UUUUGUCAUACAUGUGUGUGACGUCAUCGGCGGUGGCGAGAGCUGCUGGCAGUGUGACGUCAGUGUGGAGAGGGAGAUGCUGGCAGAGUGAUGUCACGCGUGGAGUUGGUGAUGCUGGCAGUGUGACGUCAUAGGGGAGGGGUGCAGCAUGGACAAAGAAAAAAAUUAUAUUACUGAAAGGAUUUUAAAUCUCACCUUGGAGAUCAUCUACCUACUAAUUGGACAGGAAUGUAUUGUUAUAAAGAAGUCUGGUGAGCAUAUAACGCCCAGCAACUGUGUUUCAAGAACAUUUGGCAGGGCACAGAGUCCCAUCACGGUGCCGCCACCUCACUCACUGACACAUGAGAUUCACAAUGACCAGAAGAUCCUGGAACUCGCCAGCAAGAUCAUUCAGCUGCUGACUGGAGAGGAUUCAGAGUGUUUAGAAGAACACAAGGAUCUUUACAAGGAUGUGAUGGAGAAUCACCGUCCCCUCACAUCACCAGGUGGACCAAAGACCAGAACCCAAUCUAUUGGAAUGCAUACAUCAAGCAGUGUAAAUGAAGACAAAAAUAAUACUAGCAGUAGCCAGAGUAUAGGUACUCUACAAGAUUUGAGGGAAGAAUUUUCUGCAUGUCAAGCAGAGGCCUCAAUCUUAAUCAAAAAAGGACAUUUAAAUGAAAUGCACAAACCCCCACGAUCUAUAAAGUCAACACAUUUGUCUAUUACUAAGGAGGAAUCCGCAUCAUGUGAUGGAGGAGACCUCACACACACUGACAUGUAUAUACCCAUAUAUACACAGUAUACAUCCACUCAUAUUAAGGAGGAACCAGUCUCAUGUGAUGGAGGAGACCUCACAGACACUGACAUGUAUACACCCAAACGUCAUACAGAGUACACAUCUACUGAUAUUGAAGCAUCAGUCUCAUAUGAUGGAGAAGACCUCGCACACAUGAACAUGUAUACACACACAGGUCAAACACAGUCUACAUCUACUCAUCUUAAGGAGGACCCAGUCUCAUGUGAUGGAGGAGACCUCACACACACUGAAAAUUAUACACGCACAUAUCAUACACAGCAUACAACUACUAAAACUAAGGAGGGAUCAGUCUCAUGUGAAGAUGGAAAUCUCACAGACACUGAAUUCUAUGGAUCCCCAGCCCAUGCACAUUUUAAAAUACUUUAUAUUAAGGAGGAAUUAGUCUCUGGUGAAGAAAAAAAUCUCUCAGACACUGCAAUGUAUGCGUCUAAUACUGAGGACUACUGUACGGGAAGUAGCAAUUCACAGUCAGCGGCACAAAACGCACCCACGAUAUAUAAUUGCUCUGAAUGUCAAAAAACGUUUUAUAGUCAACCAGAUCUUGACAGACAUCAAAAAGUUCACGUGAGAAAGACCUUGAUUUGUGAAUGUGGGAAGGUUUUCACCAAAAAAUCCUGCCUCGUGGCCCAUGAGCGGACUCACAGAGGAGAGAAGCCAUUUUCUUGCUCUGAAUGUGACCAGUGUUUCACCUUCAAAUCCAGCCUGGUCAGACAUAAGAGAGUGCAUACAGGUGAGAAACCAUUCGCCUGUUCGGUGUGUGGUAAAUCUUUCCGUCACAGCCAGUCCCUGGCCACCCAUCAAAGAACCCACACGGGGGAGAAACCAUUUUCUUGUUCUGAAUGUGGUAAAUGUUUCACGUAUAGGUCGGAUCUGUCUCGUCACCAGAAGAUUCACAGUGGGCUGAAGCUUUUUGUGUGUUCUGAAUGUGGGAAAGACUUCACGCUCAAGUCUAGCCUUGUCGUCCAUGAGAGGAUUCACAGAGAUGUGAAACCCUUUGUCUGCUCAGAAUGCGGGAAAGGUUACACUAUCAAGUCAAAUCUUGUUAUACAUGAAAGGACUCACAAAGAAGUAAAACCCUUUAUAUGUUCUGAGUGUGGAAAAGGCUUCACGGCGAAGUCAAAUCUUCUCGUUCAUGAGCGGAUCCACAAGGAACUGAAGCCUUUUCUUUGCUCAGAAUGUGGGAAAAGCUUCAAUCUGAAGUCCAAUCUUAUUGCUCACGAAAGAGUUCAUACAGGAGAAAAGCCAUUUCCAUGUUCCAGUUGUGGGAAACGCUUCACCCAUCGUUCACAUCUGGAUAAGCACCAGAGGACCCAUUUAAAAAUUAGAACAUUCAUCGUUUCUGGUGCUGGCAAAGGUUCUAGUCCACAAACAAAUCUUGUGUCGCAUCAUCAGUCCUAAAAUAUGUCAUUUCUGUGGUCCUGAAGUUGGGAAUCUUUUGGACUGAAGGGAUGCUAAUAAAAAGACAUACAUUGCCAUUCA